AUGGCAGCAAUUGCGCGACCUACAUCCGAUCUCCUUAAGUCCUGCUUAAGCGAUAAGGUUGUGCUGGUGACUGGAGCAGCAUCUGGGAUCGGUAUAGCUGUGGCCAAGCAAUGGGCGGAACACGGAGCAAAAGUGAUCCUUACCGAUGUUGACAAGGGAAAACUCGAAGCUGCUACGCAAGGCAUUGGUAGUGGCAGCGCCUGCUAUGUGUGCAAUGUGGCAUCCUGGUCCGAGCAGGUGAAGCUGUUCGAUGAUAUCAAGCGAAACCAUGGAGUCCCGGAUAUAGUGGCCCUAAAUGCGGGAAUUGACCCGGAACUCGCUAAAAUGCAUGACCUCCCAGACGAAGAACGAAAAAGGGUGGGCAACACGGUCCUUCAUAACUAUUUAGCGGAUGAUUACUCCGAGCAGGACCAGCACAUGCUUAAGCAGCCGGCGGAUGACGUUUUUAAUGUUAACUUCAAGGGAGUUGUGUACGGCAUUAAGCUCGCGGUGCAUCAUAUGAAGAAAGCAAAGAAAGCCGGGCGUAUAAUUGUCGUUGGUUCGGCAGCGAGUUACCUUGAAUUCCCGGGUCAAGAUCUAUACGUCGCAUCAAAGCACGCCGUUUUGGGCCUCGUCAGGUCUACGAGUUCACGCAAGGAUGUCCGAGAGGCCGGGAUCAUCUUAUCGAUGGUAGGGCCUUGGUUGACUAAAACUGCGCUCGUAGAAAAGAUUCGACAGGAUCGGAAAGGAAUGAUGCCGGAAAGUUCCGCCGAGGAUGUCGCUUGGGCGGUAUCGUACCUAACGAUAGCGUCUCGCGAGAACGCGAAUGGGAGGUGUGUAUGGGUUCGGGGUUCGGGAAUUACAGAGGUUGAGGGGUCAUACAGGAAGUGGCUGGCGGGAUUGAUAAAACUUUGA